UUUAAUAAAUGAAUUGAAUUGAAUUGAAUUACGCUGCCAACUACCACCAGUGCGCUGUAGGAAUGCAAACGAGGUGAGGUUAUCUAUGGCAACUGUGACUGGGAGUAGAGAAUGUUGGUAAUGCCUGUGAUAGAACCAUAGAUAACCCGUGGAGAAGUGUGCUUCUGUUAUCUAUGUUUAGUGUGGAGUGGAAAUGUGUGCUUGUGGGAGUGGGGUGAAGAGGGGCUUGGUUUGGUGUAGAUGGUGUUAGUCAUUGCCCUAAUUUAGCAAAAUGAAUUACAUGGAAAUUACGUUGCCGAAUUACUCGUAUGUGUUCAACUUUGAAGAGGAAUUCAAGCAUCAGGAUACAAGAGUUUGGAUGAUAAAAAAUUGGACAAAUGUCUUUUACUUUUGUGGAAUCUACAUCAUCUUAAUAUUUGGUGGGAAGCAUUAUAUGCAAAACAAACCCAGAUUUGAACUCCGUAGAGUUCUGUCUAUAUGGAAUACAGCAUUGGCAGCAUUUAGUAUCAUUGGAGCCUGCAGAACUGCACCCGAGUUCUUCCACGUUCUCAAGAACUAUGGUUUCUAUUAUUCUGUCUGCAUACCAAGCUUCAUCGAACAAGACCGUGUGUCAGGUUUCUGGACUUGGAUGUUUACAUUAUCAAAAGUCCCAGAAUUGGGAGACACACUGUUCAUCGUACUACGGAAACAACCCCUCAUAUUCCUUCAUUGGUAUCAUCAUGCGACAGUGCUCAUAUAUACCUGGUAUUCAUAUUCGGAGUAUACAUCUUCAGCACGAUGGUUCAUCGUUAUGAAUUAUUGUGUCCAUUCCUUAAUGUACUCGUAUUAUGCACUCAGGUCAAUGGGGUUUUCAACUCCAAGAUCAUUUGCUAUGAUUAUUACAAUACUACAGUUGGCUCAGAUGAUAAUUGGAUGUGGGAUCAAUAUCUGGGCACAACAGGUGGUCAGGCAAAAAAACAUCUCACCUACAAAUGUCAAACUGUCCCUUACUAUAUACUUCAGUUACUUUGUGCUAUUUGCUAGGUUCUUCCAGACAGUGUACUUUGGGAGUGGGAGAAAGGCGAAGGGUGCAGUUUCAAAUGGAAUACCAUCAGUGCACGACAGCAAGAGUAAGGUUAAGGCUCACUGAAUGUGAAAUAAAUUGAGCCUACAGUCAGCUCAUAAUUGAAUUUUGUCUCUUACUUAAUUACCAGUUGUGUGCAUAAUUGAUUGGUCUCUGGGACAUUCUGGAAGUGGUUUUCUAUGAAGUCAUUAAAGAAGAACAAUGCAUUGUUUUUCAGUAAAAAAUUCCACUUUGUGAUGGAUACAUUCUACAUUUACAUUGUGCCUCUUUCUUGUGCAAAGUUGCACAUGUUGUUAUAUGCUGUGUUGAAUAGGCAAGCAACACGUUUCUUUGUGCAUUGCUUUAAUCUUUUGUAUGAUAAGGAAAAUAUACAGCUUUUUCACUUAAAAAUGGCAUCAGAAGGUGUAUGUAGUGUUGUUCAUGUUGCAUUUACUAGGUUUUCAGUAAUCUGUAGAUACAAAAGAUAGUGGACAAGAAUCUUAUCAAUAAAUUAAAAGGAAGGGCUGUUAUUAGAAAGUAGUUUUUUAUAGACUCCAUAUGGAUUGACAGAAAGUGAUUGAGUUUUUGUUGCAUGUUAUUUCAACAGCAAUAACACAAUAUAGUACUGAUUUUGUUUAACUGUGAAAUCAAGUCCUCAUAUUUGACUGCUUUAUUUUAUUAAAUUUCACUGUUAUUAAAAUCCGUAGUACUUUGGAUAAUUUUACUCUUUUGACUACCAAGAAGGCACAAGGUAAUUCUUGUAUGUCAGUAGUUAUUUAUGACUCAUGUCUCAUGUUGCAUGGUAAAAAGACGCUACAUAAAUAUAGUUUAAGGGUGGUGCAUCUUUCAUCUAGGUGCUCAUUCCUGUCAUUAAUGUUAACAUGAUGUAGAGUUGCAAAAUAAUGUACUAUGUCACAGAAGCCAAUAGUUUUGGCAUUUGUGAUUGCUUAAUAUUGAGAGUUACUUGUAUUUCAUGCAUUACUAUUUCAGAAUUCCUAGUAUCAAAAUAUACCAGAAUUAAAAUUUAUAAGAUUCUUGCUAGACCAACUCUCAGUUAUGGUAGUGAAUCAUGGACUAUCUGAUAUAAUGAUGGAAAAAGAUUAAUAUCAGCAGAAAUGCAUUUCUUAAGAAGAACUUUUGGGUUACACACUUUUUUGAUCACUAAAGAAAUGAAGAACUUGUGGACAUUAUGGAAAAGCAACUAAACAUUAUACCAAUAAUAGAUUUUAUAACACAGUACCAGAAAAACUGGAUGGAACAUGUACACAGAAUGAUUUCAGGCAGGUUACCAAAAAUAAUUUUAGGAUACCACCCAAAAGGAAAGAGAUGUUUGGGCUGACCCCUCAAAAGAUGGAAGGAUUCUGUUAUGUAAUGUCCAUAACAGGCCAUGAGGUCUAUAUGGGAAAGGAAGAAGAAAAAGAAGACAGUUUCAGAAUUCAGUUUAUGGUUGUAAAAGGAAAUUUGGAAUUUAUAGAAAUUUUUAGCCAAUCCAGCUGUUUGUUAGGGAAAAAUAAAUUUUUAUAAACCUGCAUGUUUUAGUUUUCAUAUCAAAUGCUAUAUACAUAUCAUAUUAUUGAUUUCCCACGUACAAAUUAAAUUAUCUUUACUUUUCAGACCCAGCAGCAGUUAUUCCAAAUCCCAUAUCAGUAUUUUUUUAAUGACAGUUUUGCAGCAAGUUUCAUGCUUUAGAGUGUAUUCAACUUAUACAGUUCAUUUUUCAAAGGGCUCAGAAUGAUCAUAUAUGUUCCAGUACUGAUUGGUCAUUUCCUUAAUAUGUUGUUGUCUGUAAACUCUUCAAAUGGGAUUCAUUAAUUCACAGUGAUUUGUAUGCAAAGAACAACUUUAUUUUACAUUAUUUGUACUAAUGUUAAGUAUCCUGUCACUGUUGGAAGUAGAGCAUAAUUCAGUGUGUAUAUUUUAUAGACUUCUCCGCCUCCAAUCCAGUUGGUACCAUUGGUUUUUUCCCCUUGUGUAAAGAUGUUAGGUCAUGGAGAUGUCUACUCGCCUCCAACUAUGUUGCAUUUAGCAUUAAGAAUAAGACUGUUUUUCUCAUGGACUGUUACUCCCAUUGGCAUUACCAGUGUGAAGUCACAUUUUAUAUUUGUUUUCAUGCACUAGAUUGUUGUAGUACAUUCCUUCAUCAAGGUGGCAGGUGAAAGCAAUCCAUAAUUUUGAUGGAAGAUUUAAAUAUGUUUUAACAUUAAUGCGUUUUCUACUAAACAUAAUAGCUUCCAUGUCCUUGCCACGUGAACAAAGUCUAUUCUUGACAUUGGAUGGGCCAUAAUGUCAAUUUUAAGAAUGUAUGGCUGUUUGCCCAAACAUACUCUGUAUGUGUUCAGGCCAUGGUACACAGAUAACCUGUACUUUCAAAAGUUGUUAAGGUUGCCAAUUUGUGCUUUCCUGUACACUAAGUGGUAAAUAUUUAUCCCUUGGUCUCAUUGCUUUCCAUAUUUGACCCUUUUCCUGCAUAAAAUGCUGUAUUUUCCAGUGCAUGACACAUUUCUCUCCCAUAAGUACCCUCUAAAACCACCCUUUGUCUUUUAUGCUGGUUGAAAUGAAAAUAUAGGAAACUCUGAAAUGAUGGUAAGUCAGAAAAGGAGAUUUUUUAUUUCUGUGUUCUAUGACAAGUGAAGGUACAUGUAUGGGGCAAAGGAAAGAGAACAUAAUAUUUAAAUUAUUAAACAAGUAAUGUUUGUUACUGGUAAUUUCCAUAUGCUUGUGUGUUUUUAAACAGCAACAUAUAAUUUUUAUAGAAAGUACUUAGCUGGAAGUAUCAAGAGAUGGUACAAGAUCCUAUUCUCUCUUGCAUCACAUAUUGUAAUGCAUACCUUCAGCUUUCUGGGACAAAUUUUGAAAACAUGAGAAUGGGAAUUUUGUAAUGUAAACCCACGUUUCAUCUUUUGAUGUUUACAUUGCAAAUUAGCAUCUGCAAGUAUGAAGGACUUUUGGACAUUGUCUUCAGUUAAAAUCAAUAUUAUGUGCCUCAUAUUUACCUGAUGGUCUAAUACUGUGCGCUUAUAUGCCUAAAGUUUAUUCUGUAUGAAAAUAAGGCAAAUAUUUACUCUUGGAUUAAAAUUAAUGCUUUCAAGGUUGAAGAGUAUAAUACAGGGGUUUGGCUGUUAUUUUUACUAUCCUAGAACAAGCUAUUUUGAAGUGACUCAACUGGAGAGCCUUACAAGCACAUCACCAUUAACCAUGAUGAGAAUGAAAGGCUUUAGAUGAGAAAUGUAAUGCAAAGGUGUGGUGUGGAUAUUAAUUUGUAAGCAUUCCUUAUGCAUUUUGAAUGACUGAGAUAUCUUAAACUACAUACAGGUUCAGGAGCAGUACAUGGAAUUAAGGAAAUGUGCAGUGCUUUUUUCCUGUCUUUGUACAUUAAAUUUAAGUGUCACAUUCAACUUUAGUUUUCCAAUAGUAAAAGUAUUUGUUUCCAGUUUUUUGUGAGAAUGUGCAUAAAUUUCAAAAGAAAUUGUGGAGAAUACUUGAGAAAUCCUAAAUGUGGCUUGUAGUAUUUUUUCAUUAUUCAGUUACAUGAAGUGGUAUUAUUUUCUCAAGCCUUCUGAGGCAUAGUGGCCACAGUGUACUUCUAUAAAUACAAAUCCUCUUUAUAUAUAUAGAAAAUGUUAUUGUAAAACAUCAUUUUAUGUACAUUGUCAGCAGUGACUACAUUAAUUUUAAUUUGUGCUUGUGACUAAGCUGUGUGUUUUCACAUCAUUACUGUAGACAAUGUUGUGUGUAUGUUGGGCAUGUGUGGCUUUUACAGACGGUAGUUUCAAGUUAAAUUUUUUUAUUUAUUUAAUCAGUUUUACUUUGUUUCUAUGUUACUUAAGCUAACUUUAUAGGGUGGUACUUUGAAAUUGUUAAGAACAUUUGUGACCAAGGUUGUGAGAGUUUUUAUUGAUUUGUUUAUUAGGCAGUUUGACACAUUUGAGUAAAAAAUUGACAGUCAUUUGUAUAAAAACAUUGAGUCAUGUUGCAUGUGUCUCUCCUUCAUAGCAGGUACAUGUUGACUAAAUCUGUGUUUGUCAAAAGAAAUUGCUGUGGAUGCAUUUGUGAGCAUUAUGUUUGGUGUAACUGCAUUAAUGAACAAGAAAUUAAUUGUGGUCACAAUUUUUAAGUGACAUUUUCAUAUGAAUAUUUCAGUUAUAUGGGGUUGCAUUCUCUAACAAAAUACUGCUGUGUUUGGCUUUCAUGAACAAAUACUUGGUUGCAGUAAUAUUUUAAUGUGGAAAUUCUAUAUAUAUUAAGAACUUCAGUCAUUGUACAUGUGAAAGAUGUUUAGUUAACUGAGUUUAUUCACAAGUGCACAUAAGAAAGUAAAUUCCAAGAUUAGUAUGAAAAAUUACCACACCUGAAUCUGGUUACUUUUAACUUUUUUAUAGUUUAUGACAGUUUAUGACUACUUCAUAAUCACUGUGGUUGUGUUUUAGAAUUGCUUAAGUGUUUAAGAUUAUUGUGGCCCAAAGUACUGAAUAUAAAGAAAUAUGAACCUCAAAUUAUAUAUCUUAUAUAUUGGAAAUGAAACUGAUCAAUUCUUAUGUAUAUUCGUACGUUAAAUUCGAAAAUGACAAUAAAAAAGCUUAGUUACUUCGCGUUUUAAA